AUGGCUGAUCUUGCCUCUAACCUUGCCAGUAGUCUAUCAAAGAAAUUAGGUUCUCUAGUUUCUCAAGAGCUCAGCUUGGCAUGGGACGUCCAGAGCGACCUGCAUAAACUUGAGAACACAAUUUCUAUCCUUAAGAUCGUGCUCUUGGAUGCUGAAGACAAGCAAGCAAAGAACCCCAUGCUGAGAAUCUGGCUUGGACGGCUUAAAAAUAUGUUUUAUGUCGCAGAGGAUGUGCUAGAUGAAAUUGAGUACGAAGCUUUAAGGAAGCAAGCGAUUACGACAUAUGGAAGCGCUAUGGAAAAGGUAUGCCAUUUCUUUUGUUCAUUCAUGGCACUUUCAUCCCGUUUAAAACUGGCUCACAAAAUCAAGGACAUUAGAGAGAGGUUAGAUGAGAUUAAUGUUGAGAAGGUUCAGUUUAAUCUCACUGAGCGGCAUGAAGAGGUGCAUGUCAAUCCCCUGUGGAGGGAGAAGACCCAUUCCUUUAUUGAUCCUUCAACAGUCAUCGGUAGGCAUGGUGACAAAGAAGAAAUAAAAAAGAGUUUGAUGCACCCAAAUCCCACUAGAAAUCUUAAUAUAAUUGCCAUAGUUGGAUUAGGAGGUAUGGGAAAGACCACACUUGCCAAGGCAGUUUACAAUGAUGAAUCCGUAGUGAAUCAUUUUCAGUUGAGAAUGUGGGUUUGUGUAUCUGAGAAUUUUAAUGUUACAAGAUUGGUGGAAGAAAUCCUUAAAUCUGCUGGUGGUAGAGUUGAUAAGAAUUCAAGUAAUGAAGAUACAUUGCAGACUAGUUUGAGAGAACUUUUAAAGGAUGAAAGGUUUCUACUAGUUUUAGAUGAUGUCUGGAAUGAAAAUAGAAAUAAAUGGACUGAACUGAGAGAUUUGCUUAAUGGAGGGUCGCAUGGAAGUGUCAUUGUUGUAACGACACGUAGUCGCAAGGUUUCUUCCGUUUUAGACCCUAUUUAUACACAUUCUGUAGAAGGUCUAUCAAAAGAAGAAUGUUUGUCUUUGUUUGUGAAAUGUGCAUUCAAGGAAGGAGAAGACAAAUUAUAUCCAAACCUUUUACCAAUUGCGGAUGAAAUAGUGAAAAAGUGUAAAGGGGUUCCAUUGGCCGUGAAGAGUUUAGGUGGUCUACUUUAUUCCAAAGUCGAUGAAAGUGAGUGGGAAUUGGUGAGAGGUAACGAGAUCUGGGAAUUGGAAGAAAAUGAGGGAGGCAUCUUACCUGCAUUGCAAUUGAGCUAUAAUCAAUUGCCAAUUCAUUUGAAGCGAUGCUUUGCCUAUUGCGUUAAUUUUCCAAAGGAUCAUGAAAUUUGGAAUAUCGAUUUAAUUGAACAAUGGGUGGCACAUGGAUUAAUCCUCCAAAUGUCUGCUAACAAAAAACAAGAGUUGGAAGAUAUUGGAGACUUGUACAUUAAAGAGUUAAUGUCGAUAUGUUUCUUCCAAGAUCUUGAUGAACAACAUAUUUUUCGCAUGUAUUCCUUCAAAAUGCAUGAUCUCGUCCAUGAUCUUGUGCUCUCUAUUGGCCAUGAAGAGUGGUUGGAAAUAGAUUCUGAAAAUAAAGACGUGGCCUCGACAGUUCGUCAUUUGUCAAUUUCAUCUAGUGACCAACAAGUUUCAAAGUUCUCGAACAAGUUAACUAAUGUGAGGAGCAUCAUGUACCAAAACGAACCACACGUGUCCUCAGUUGAAGCAUGCAUCUCAAGAUUCAAGUCUUUACGUGUGCUAGCUAUACCUGAUUCAGAUUUUGAGAAUUUGCCAAGUUCUAUUGCUACACAAUUUGCAAACCUUGCUGCUUGGUGGAUGUGA